AUGGAUCCCGCCGCCUCCCGCCCAGCCGCCCCGCAGCGGGCGCUGCUCUCGUCCGCGGGUUGGGCGCUGCUGUGGCUCGGCCCCGUGUACCUGGCGGGGUACCUGGGGCUGAGCGGCAGCUGGCUGCUGCUAGGGCUGGCGCUGGCGCUGGGUUGGGCGCGCAACCGGCGGGGGAAGCGCGAGCGGCUGGCGGCCGCCUCGGUGCUGCUGGAGGACGAGCGGGAAGCGGUGCGGCGGGGCCUGGCCUCCCGGCACCUGCCGGCAUGGGUCCAUUUCCCUGAUGUUGAGCGAGUGGAGUGGUUGAACAAGGUCCUUGAACAGGCUUGGCCAUACUUUGGGACAAUCAUGGAAAAAACAUUUAAAGAAGUUGUGGAACCAAAAAUUAGAGCAAAGAGUGUACAUCUGAAAACAUGCACCUUUACCAAGAUCCAGUUUGGUGAGAAGUGCCCUAGAAUCAACGGAGUAAAAGUCUACACCAAAGAAAUUGACAGAAGACAAGUUAUCCUAGACCUGCAGAUAUGUUAUGUAGGAGACUGCGAGAUUCACAUGGACAUAUCGAAAUUUAAUCUUGGGGUGAAAGGUGUACAGUUGUAUGGGACUUUGCGAGUGAUACUGGAACCUCUUCUCACUGAUGCCCCUUUCAUUGGAGCAGUGACCUUGUUUUUUAUGCAGAAACCGCACUUGGAAUUCAACUGGGCAGGAAUGAGCAACCUCCUGGAUGUCCCAGGAAUUAAUGUAAUGUCUGACUCGCUGAUUCAAGAUUACAUUGCUGCACGGCUAGUUCUGCCAAACAGGAUCACGGUGCCUUUGAAGAAGAACAUGAGCAUUGCCCAGUUGAGGUUCCCUAUCCCACACGGAGUAAUAAGGGUUCAUCUGCUAGAAGCUGAAAACCUUGUUCAGAAAGAUAAUUUCCUUGGUGCAAUCAGGGGGAAGUCUGACCCAUACGCUCUUCUUCGGCUUGGCACGGUGCAGUAUCGAAGCAAGACAAUUUCCAGAGAUCUUAAUCCCAUUUGGAAUGAGACAUUUGAGUUUGUUGUUCAUGAAGUGCUUGGUCAGGACUUAGAAGUGGACUUGUAUGAUGCAGAUCCAGAUAAAGAUGACUUCAUGGGCAGCUUGCUUAUAAGCCUGCUGGAUAUAAAGAAUGACAAAACAGUUGAUGAGUGGUUUCCCUUAAGCAGGACAACAAGUGGACACUUGCACUUAAAGCUGGAAUGGCUUUCACUAGUAAAUGACCAAGAAAAGCUAUAUGAGGAUAAGAAGGGCCUGUCUACAGCAAUUCUGAUAGUCUACUUGGACAGCGCUUUCAACCUCCCAAAAAACCACUUCGAGUAUUCAAAUGGUGAAUGUGGAGCAAAGAAGAUAAAAAAUAACAAGUACCUCAAGAAGACAGAACGAGAACCUUCCUCCUUUGUCCUGCUCACAGUAGGAAGCAAGACUCAAAAAAGCAAGACCUGCAAUUUCAACAAAGAUCCCAAGUGGGGCCAGGCUUUCACCUUCUUUGUCCACAGUGCUCAUUCCCAAUCGCUGCAUGUUGAGAUAAAAGACAAGGAUCAGGAUAGUUGUCUGGGAACAUCAGUGGUAUGUCUCUCCCACUUACUUAAGGACCCAAACAUGACUCUGGAUCAGAGAUUUCAGUUGGACCAUUCCAGUUCAGACAGCUUCAUUAAAAUUAAACUUGUGCUGCGGGCCUUGAAUGUUGAGGAACCUGAUGCACAGAGAGUCCAGACUGGUGUCAGCGCCUUGAAGAAAGGUCCCAUGCAUGUCAUGGAGAAAGGUGGAAACCAGCAGGAGUUUGUCUCCCCACCAAAACCAGAAGUCUCAAAAGUACCUCCUGUGAGCAAAGACACUGCUGUGCGGGAAUCUCAGCCAAAAAAAGACAACAGUGAAGACCUGGACACAAGUAACAGUUCAGCAAUGCCUGCAGCAAGUGAAACUGUUGCCAGUCUUGAUGAGACAGAGAGUGACAAAGAUCUAGAGCAUCGUGUGCCAUCAGCAUUGCACACCAGGGCAGCAGUAGUGCCCACAUUGCCAGUUGUAGAAGAACUGAGGCUUGCACCCAGUGUUACUUCACUGGGUUCUCUGCCUUCCUCUUGCUUUGAACUCAGUAGCAGCAAUCUGGACCUUCAUAACGGGACAGAAAUGCCUCUGGGAGAGAUUCAGCUCACAGUGCGCUAUGCUUCCAUACGGCAGAGCCUUGUUGUGCUGGUGAAUGGCUGCAGAAACUUAAUACCCUCUUCCAAUCGUGGAGUGGAUCCAUAUGUCCGUAUAUAUCUGCUUCCAGAUAGAAGAUGGACAAGUAGGAAGAAGACUUCUGUUAAGAAAAAAACUCUGAACCCCCAGUAUGAUGAAAAGUUUGAAUUUUUUGAAUCUUUGGAAGAAGUCAAGAGAAGGACACUGGAUGUUGCAGUGAAAAACAGCAGGCCAUUCAUUUCACAGGAAAAAAAGGAGCUGGGAAAAGUGCGGAUUGAUUUGUCACAGGAGGAUUUAAUCAAGGGUUUUACACAGUGGUAUGAGCUGACAAGAAGUAGACGCAAGAAAAACUGAUUUCUUCUCAUGUACAUAAGUUAUUAAUUUUUAAGCUUUGUACUGACUGUACAUAUCUCUUUUGUAAUUGAAGUGUUUUGAAACAUUCACUGCAAACUUGAAGCCAUCUGCUGCUCAGGACAUGUGCCCUGAAUGAUCCUACUGACAUGAGUUCUCAAUGAAGUAAAACAAAAAGAAAGGAAACAAAACAAAAAACUGUGGGAAUAAUUUCUCUCUAAAAACAAAUCAUUUGUUCUUGAUGUUUCUGGUGUAUCUCCUCCCCAAGAAUCCUUACAUAUGAAUAUGCUCCUAAGGAAGUGUUGGACCUGGAGAUAUUUUUAGGUUGCCAGCUGUGUGUGAUUACUUUGUUCUCCGUUUCAUUUCCCUAAGAGCCUAUUCAUGUUAUUUUAACGAUAUAUGAAAGCAUUACACAUCUAGAAGAAUCAAUUUUUAAACAGCAUCUUUCAUCUGUAAGGCUACAGAACCGAUUAAAAUAAACUGUAAGACUAAUAGCAGUUCUUGAGAAACCAAGAAAUUGAUAUUCUGCUUCUGAAAAGCAUCUUAGCAGAUUGUGGCUGCAGGUCUGCAUAUGAUGAGAUUCCAAAAGCAGGGAGAUCAGUUUGCCAGGAUGUCAUAAAGGUUAUAGUUUGUAAAGCCUUAACAUGUUUUGUUCUUUGUUACAACAUUUCAGCAUAUCAUAAGCCUUGAUAGUAAAUCAUUCUGCCUGAGGAACA